AUGACGACAAAAGAACCCCCUUCUUCUGAGCAGAUCGAGUCCGCGGACGCAAUCGCACCCGUGGUCGAAGAACAGCCCAAAACGACCCCCACCGGUGAGAAGGCCGCGCAGUUUCUGGCCACAGUGGGCGGAGACCGCACAUUCACGCCAGAAGAAGAGAAGAAAGUGCUGCGACGGAUCGAUCUGCGCGUUCUCCCACUGCUGCUGGGUGCAUAUUUCUUCCAGCAGCUCGACAAGUCCAGUUUGUCGUACGUUUCCAUCUUCGGGCUGGUUGAGGAUGCGAAUCUUGUCGGCCAGCAGUAUUCAUGGCUGGGCUCCAUCUUGUAUAUCGCUCAGCUUGUCAUGCAGCCGCUUGCAGCACUGGUCCUGGUGAAGCUUCCCACAGGAAAGGUUAUCGGCUCAGCAAUCUUUCUCUGGGGGAGUUCCUUGACGAUAAUGACGGCUUGUACCGACUUCCCUAGCUUACUAGGGCUGAGGUUUUGUUUAGGCGCGUUCGAGGCGAUGAUAGCCCCUUCCUGCAUCGCUGUCACGCAGAUGUGGUGGCGGCGAGGAGAGCAGACGUGGCGAGCUGCCCUCUGGAACGCGAUGAACGGAGUAACUGCAAUCGUCGGGAGUCUUUUCACAUACGGCCUCGGUCACAUUCAGAGCGACACUUUGUACUCCUACCAGACCAUCUUCCUCCUCUGCGGUCUUUUAACCGUUCUAUAUUCCAUACUCGUUCUGAUAUACAUGCCCGACUCCCCCAUGGAGGCCAAGUUCCUCGGCGAGCGCGAGAAAGUCAUCGCCGUCGAGCGCCUCCGCGCCAACCAGAUGGGUAUUAUAUCGCGUGAGUGGCGUUGGGACCAUGUCUGGGAGACUCUACUCGACGUGAAGACCUGGAUCUGGUUUAUUCUUAUCAUUGCUAUCUCAAUCCCUAGCGGCGGAAUCAGCACAUUCGGUAGCCUGAUCAUCACUUCCUUCGGAUAUACAAAUUUCGACGCGAUCUUGUUCAACCUCCCCUUCGGGGCAGUGCAAUUUGUCAUUAUCCUAGGGGGCGGGUGGCUCGCCAGCAAGCUGCGAACAAAAGGGCUGGUGAUUGCCGGCAUUGCGAUGAUUGCGGCCGUGGGCACGAUUCUCCUCCUUACUGUUUCGAGAGAGCAGAAGGGUGUGCUUUUAUUUGGGUAUUAUCUGGUAUCCUGUCUCGCUGGAAUCACACCUCUAGUCUACGCCUGGGAGGCUCAGAAUACUGCUGGUGAUACGAAGAGGAAGUGCACGUCUGCUGUUGUGCUUAUUGGAAUGUGCACUGGAAAUGUCAUCGGUCCCCAACUCUACUCCCUAGACCAGGCACCCGAGUACCGACCGGGGUUGAUCUCGAACUUGAUCAUGUUUGUCCUUGUUGCUAUAAUUGCUAUUAUCGCGGACCUAUACCUCUACUGGCUCAACAAGCGUCACGCAAAGAAACGCGAAGCUCUCGGUAAAACUGCGCGAGUAGUUGACGAGUCCAUGGUCAGGAAGGAUCAGAUCCAGGCGAGCAAGGCUGCUGAGGUGGAGGAUGCUGGGAAGGGGGGGAGCCGCGAGGUGGACAAGGGAUUCUUGGAUAUGACGGAUCUGAAGAACGAGGAUUUCAUAUACGUAUACUAG